UAAAGAUAAGCAAAACGAGGCAAAUGUGAAAUUGUGUGAUGACACCCUAAACAAACAAAGUAAAUACUACAAUACAACGGUUUUAUAUUUAUAUACAGCAAAAGCAUGAAACACAUCAUAGGAUUGAACAAAUUGUCAGCGUCUGAUGCGACCGUCACGUGACAGGGUUCCAGAAGCCGGUACCACGUGUUUAUAUUUGGGCUGGUCUCCAGAUCGCUACCUGAAUCUCAGUGGAGAGCAGCAGUCCUAUUUCAACGUUUGCCUCUCGCAAGCAGGCGUAAGCGGACCGUGAGGCUGCAGUGCAGUGGAAAUCCCAGAGAGACUGACGUGGAAGGUGAUUGGAGGAAGAAUUGGAAGGUGAUUGGAGGAAGAAUUGAAGAUGGCUGCCGGAGAGAGACAAGCAGAAGCGUCCGACGGCAUUGCCAGCGCUAGUUCAGGAGCAUAUGAACCAAGCAAGCCCUUGAACGGAGAAGCAUCGCAGCAGCAGCAAGGGGGCCAGGAUACCAUGCAGAUGAAGAAGGAGAUCUCUCUUCUGAAUGGGGUCAGUCUCAUCGUGGGCAACAUGAUCGGCUCCGGGAUCUUUGUGUCUCCCAAAGGGGUUCUGAUCUACAGCGGCUCCUACGGGCUGUCCCUGGUGAUCUGGGCAAUCGGGGGCAUGUUCUCUGUGGUGGGGGCGCUGUGCUACGCUGAGCUGGGCACCACUAUCACCAAGUCCGGGGCCAGCUACGCCUACAUCCUGGAGUCCUUCGGGGGCUUCAUCGCCUUCAUCCGGCUGUGGACCUCGCUGCUUAUCAUCGAGCCCACCGGCCAAGCCGUCAUUGCCAUCACCUUCGCCAACUACCUGGUGCAGCCUCUAUUCCCCACCUGCGAGCCGCCCUACUUGGCAUCCAGACUCAUCGCGGCCGCCUGCAUCUGUUUGUUAACCUUCAUCAACUCUGCCUAUGUGAAAUGGGGCACCAGAGUUCAGGACGUGUUCACCUACGCCAAGGUGAUCGCGCUGAUUGUCAUCAUUAUCACAGGCCUCGUCAAGCUGUGCCAGGGGCACACACAGCACUUCGAGUCCUCCUUCGAAGGCUCGUCCUGGAACCCCGGGGACAUCGCCCUGGCCCUCUACUCCGCUCUCUUCUCUUACUCCGGCUGGGAUACUCUCAACUUUGUCACAGAGGAGAUCAAGAACCCUGAGAGGAACCUGCCCCUGUCCAUCGCGAUCUCCAUGCCAGUGGUGACUGUCAUUUACAUCCUGACCAAUGUGGCCUACUACGCAGUGCUGGACAUGAACGCCAUCCUCGCGAGUGACGCAGUCGCCGUGACCUUCGCUGACCAGACCCUGGGUGUGAUGAGAUGGUCCAUCCCCAUCGCUGUGGCCCUCUCCUGCUACGGCGGGUUGAACGCAUCCAUCAUUGCCGCCUCCAGGCUGUUCUUCGUGGGGUCACGCGAAGGCCAUCUCCCGGACGCCCUGUCCAUGAUCCACGUGGAGCGCUUCACUCCCAUCCCCGCGCUCCUCUUCAACUGCGGUAUGGCCCUAAUAUACCUGGCUGUGGAGGAUGUCUUCCAGCUCAUUAACUACUACAGCUUCAGCUACUGGUUCUUUGUGGGGCUGUCGAUAGCUGGACAGAUCUACCUGCGCUGGAAGGAGCCCGACAGAUACAGACCACUCAAGCUGAGCCUGUUCUUCCCCAUCGUGUUCUGCCUGUGCUCAGUCUUCCUGGUGGCAGUGCCCCUCUACAGCGACACCCUCAGCUCCCUCAUCGGGAUCGGCAUCGCCCUCUCGGGGGUGCCCGUCUACCUGCUGGGAAUCCACCUGCCCGAGUCCAAGCGCCCGCCCUGCAUCGGCAAGCUGCUGGCUGCCCUGACCCGAAUCACACAGCUGAUCUGUUUCUGUGUGCUCACAGAGAUGGACGUCAGUGAACAGGACAAGAGACCCCACCCCCAUCCCAGUGCCUCUCAAUCUGGGGGGCUGGGGGAAGGAUUGGGGAAGCCGGCACAGUCCCCAGACACUAAACGCCAAUCUGAAGAAACACACAAGGACAGAUAGAAUCCAUUAGGAAGGUUCCAUGUAGACUCCUGAACCCCUGCUUUCAUUUAAGGUGGGGACUUAAGACUUGAACCACUGGCAGGAGUCGCAGUAUUUGAGGUUAUUAACUUUUUACCUGCAAACAUGUGUUUUAAACACUGGGCCUGACUUCAAACCUCUCUGCUCAAUGUCUUCCAAUCCACAACUCGGCGCUCCAGCCACUGAGCUGCAGCUUUCAGUCGUGCUCUUUACAAACAGGAGUAGUCAGAACUUCUACAUUCCACAUGUGCUCCAGCUGUCACUCACACACACUACUUGCCACACUCCAGUCCAAAAGGAACUUCGGGAUUAUUUGGCUGGAAAUCAAAAAAAAAAAAAAAAAAACCACCAUCCAUGCUGCACCUGCUUCAAGUCUACUGAUCUACUGGUGAUGCUGGGGGUGGGGUCGCUGAGCCACUUAUUAAUCCCCCCACGUAGAAACUUGUUUAUAUAUAUUUUGACACUGAAUGUUAUCAGAUCUUCAACCAAAACCUAAUAUUAGAUAAAAGGGACCCUGAGUGAACAAAUAACACAAAAAAUAUAUACAUAUUUAAUUUAUUUAUUAAAGAAAGUUGUGCAACACCCAAUGCCCCCGUGUGAAAAAGUAAUUGCCCCCUUAGACUCAGUAGCUGGUUACGCCACCUUUAGCAGCAAUAACUGCAACCAAACGCUUCCUGUAGUUAUUGAUUAGUCUCUCACAACGCCGUGGAGGAAUUUUGGCCCACUCCUCCAUGCAGAACUGCUUCAACUCAGUGACAUUUGUGGGUUUUCAAGCAUGAACUGCUCGUUUCAGGUCCUGCCACAACAUCUCAAUGGGGUUUAGGUCUGGACUUUGACUAGGCCAUUCCAAAACUUUAAAUUUCUUGUUCUUCAACCAUUCUGAUGUAGACUUGCUUAUGUUUUUCGGAUCAUUGUCUUGCUGCAUGACCCAGCUGCGCUCCAGCUCAUGGACGGAUGGCUUGACAUUCUCCUGUAGAAUUCUGAUACAGAGCAAAAUUCAUGGUUCCUUCAAUGAUGGCAAGGCGUCCAGGUCCUGAUGCAGCAAAGCAUCCCCAAAACAUGACACUACCACCACCAUGCUUGACCGUUUGUAUGAGGUUCUUACUGUAGAAUGCAGUGUUUGGUUUUCGCCAGACAUAACGGGGCCCAUGUCGGCCCAAAAAGUUCCACUUUUGACUCAUCUGUCCAUAAAACAUUGUUCCAGAACUGUUGAGGCUCAUCCAGGUGCUUUUUGGCAAACUUGAGAUGAGCAUUCAUGUUCUUCUAGUGAGCAAUGGUUUCUGCCUUGCUACUCUGCCAUGAAUCCCAUUUUUGCCCAGUGUCUUUCUGAUGGUGGAGUCAUGAACACUGACCUUAGCCAAGGCGAGAGAGGCCUGCAGAUCCCUGGAUGUUGUUCUAGGGUUCUUUGUGAUUUCCUGGAUGAUUUAACACCUUGCCCUUGAAGAUUCACUACUGUCCCAGACUUUCUCCUUUUGGACAAUAUGGCUCUGACUGUGGUUUGGUGGAGCCCCAGUGCAUUAGAAAUGGCUUUGUAACCCUUUCCAGACUGAUAGGCAUCAACAAUUUUUGGUCUUCAGGAAUUUCUUUUGUUCGUGGCAUGAUGUGCUCUAGAACCUGUGUGCUGACAUCUUCACUCUGAUGGUAAGGGCCAAAGUUAGUCAGAUUUAUAUUGGGCAGGGCUGGCCCAAAUCAAGCCUGGUUGUUAACCAAAGUACUCAAACAGCUGACCCUAAUUAUCCCUUUAAUUGGGUUGAGUUAACCAGGGGGGGCAAUAACUGUUUCACACCUGAAGAUUGCAUGUUUGAUUACCUGCACACCAAACUUUGGUGUCAUUUUUCCUCUGACUCCCUCUAUAUACUACUACAACCCACAAAAAAAUCUGACCAAAUACAAUGUGAAAAAUGCAGAAAAUCAGACGGGGCAAAUACUUUUUCACGGCACUGUAUGUAUAUAUAUAUAUAUUAUCUCGCUCUCUGACACACAGAACUGAACAGAAUAAGGAUGGGUGUACCAUAUAUAUAUAUAUAUAUAUAUAUAUAUAUAUAUAUAGCAUAGCAUAUUUAGGUGUGAGAUGAUUUACAGAAUGUACUGUAAGGGUUUUGAAACCUGACGGGACAAUCGCCUGGGGAAGAUGUACUGUAUCUUACCUCAGUCUUCCACUUUGAAGUUCCAGCACCUUUAUGAUUGUUAGUGUAUGAAUAUGCAGAAAAUGUGAAUUAACUGUAAUAGGUGAGGAUUGGGUAUUGCCUUUUUUUUUUUUUGAAGGAUCGAGUGUACAGAAAUACUUAGAUGAUACAUAAUACAUCCAGAACGGUCACUUUUGGUACUAGUCCAACACAUGCUGUUGACAGUAAUGCACAAUGUUCUAACUGUACAACAGUGUUUACAGGUGAAGAACAAAUUUGUAAAAUAAUUUGGUUUGAUUGCUUUUGAACACAAGACUAUGGUUUAUAUGUAUUCCUGUAUGUGUUGUACUGUUUCAGGCUGUUGAUAAAUAUCUGUAAAUCAGUAUGUAUGACUUAAAGCUGCUGUUUUUUCUUGAAUUACGCUAAUAAAGCAAUAGCAAAAGGGUGCAAUGAGCAAACAA